AAAGGUCUUGUAUACCCGUCAUCAAGAGGAAAGCAUUCCUUUCCCACGCAUAGACCACUCUAAUUCUCAACCCACUGUAUCCAAACCGAAGAAAAAGAGAACGGCCAACUCUAUCGCUGCUUUGUGUCAUUACCUGCUACAAUGAACCUGGCUCCGAUGAACGCCAAGUGCGUGCUGGAUCCUUUGCUGGUGAACGCCAGUACUCUCGCCAAUCUGGACGAUGUUGGAGUCUCCAUUUUCGCACCUGCUUGUUCGAAGAACCGGGGAGCCUUUAUCUUGGAUCCACCAGACGGAAAGACCUAUGGCUGCCUUGCCUUGCCCCAUUUUGACUUAGACUUGAACAGUAGCAGUUCCAAUACCAGCGCCAUCAGUCUGACCAAAGUGGAAGAUAUUACUAAGAAUUUUGCGAAUGGAAACUUGACCGCUGAGGAUGCUGUCGAAGUAUUGGACUUUUUAGUGGCGCGAUCCUAUGCAUCCACUCCAGGUGUUGAUGUCUCUCCUUAUGCUUGUGAUAUCAGUGGCUUGGCCACUCUUCAAGAUUGUCCUUUUGAGCCAUAUGAGAAAGGUGAACCCAUUCGAGCGGUCACGGUCGCAGGAGUUUUCUCUCCUGCCUAUUGGUCGGUCGACAACAGUUCUACGCCCAUUGGUUUCAGUCUCACUCAUCGAGAUGCGGAGUUUUUCUACGUCAAGAAGGACUUUGCCAAAAUGGCCAAAAUGGGGAUCAAUACUGUGCAGUUCCCUGUGGCAGUAGAACUUUUUGAUGUCCUCCCGAAACCACAUGUCAAUUGGCUUAAUCUUCUCAGAAAAUGGAUGCGAUUUGCCUUCGAGCACGACUUGCAGUCCAUUGUCAAACUCGAAUAUGUUCAUGGCAGGACAGAAGAUGCUGCCCGUCAACGAGACCUCACCGAAGCGCUAAUCUUUUUCAAUGGAAUCAAUGUUAACAAAAAUGAAACCAUUGUUCGAGCAGUGACGCUCCCUUCCGUGAAACCCAGUGAUAUCGAAGCGGCCAAAGUGGCGGCGACAAAAAUUCCCCUUUGGAUCCCUGCAACACCACAAGAGCUCACACACAUUCAAGAAAUUGUUCAGUCCGUCCCAGAUGCACCCAUUGCCGCUGUUUCGCUGGACCUAUCCCACACUUCCACCAUUGCCGAAAUUGCCAGUUCGAAUCCUACUGAGGAUCGUAGUAAACUUGUGUUUCACGAAACCAUGGCUUGUCUGAAACGAGCACCCUUGGAAUACACUCAGUGCUACCAGGGAUUGCCUGUCUUUGUUGCAUCUGGAUUUGACCUUGCGAUUGAUGACUGUCAUUUGAGGCGCCUGGACAAAGCGUUGUUUAGAGAUUACGGACAAUGCGGUCGUUUGGAGGACACACUCUAUUCGAAAUGGUGGAGCCGUCAUCGGCUGUCGUUUGCAGCACGACAAAUGGCAGCUUACGAAAGAGGUGGACUAGGUUGGAGCUUUGCCACGUGGAAGGUAUUCCGAGUGGGCAACCAACAGGUUGGAGUGAUUGACAAACCAGCCAAACUGCUGUCCCUUCGAGAUGUUGCCGCCAUGGGUUGGAUCCCUUCACUCUUCGAGGACAACAAUGAUGCUUGUUUGAACCCCCCGGAAAAUGAUUUCCUCUUGGGCGAUGAAACCUUGGCCCCUACAAUGGGGCCACCUCCCGAUUGCGGAGACGGUUGGUGGAAUGCGACCACUGAUCAAUGCGACUUUUGGGUCCCUCCGCCAUUUAACGCCACAGAAUGUCCCAACACGACAAUCAUUUACAAAGAAUGCCCCAGCGCAGAAACAGAAGCAGAGUCAAAUGAGGAAGCCUUGGAAGAUGAACACGAUUGGUUGGCUGGGCUUGAAGUAGGAAUACUUGGAACUUGCAUCCUUGCCGGCGUCGUAAUUGGGUUGUGUGCCAGAAGACACUUUGGAUAUGAAACUAUUGGCAAGAACCCCUACCACAACAAUGGAUUCCAAGAGUACCAGCACCAUGCAAACGAGUAUGGGGCUUUGGAUAGUCACAACGCUGCUGGCCAGAAGCCGCUCAAUGCACCCAAAGCGCCGCUCAAGGAUCAAGAUUGAAGGAAGACUGGAUUGAAUGCAGCGUUAGCUAUGAUUUAGAUUGGCGCCUUGCUAGGGGCACCAUAUUCCUUCCGUGUAUUACCAUAUUUACUCUAUUGAUUACUGAUUGUCUAGUGCUUGGCUCUGGCCAUCACGUUGUGAACUUCAUUUCCAGCUAGUUAGCACGAGGAGUAGAGCAAUGGUGUGU